ACUCCUCAUUCAAAGUUUACCGGUCAAAGGUGAAAGUUGAAGCAAGUCAGCAGCGCUCUCCUUACGUUAGCCGACAAUGGCUAAACAUCAUCCAGAUUUGAUCUUUUGCAGAAAACAAGCCGGUGUCGCUAUCGGGAGACUUUGCGAGAAAUGUGAUGGAAAAUGCGUCAUCUGUGAUUCCUAUGUGAGGCCGUGCACACUGGUGCGCAUCUGUGAUGAGUGUAACUACGGCUCUUAUCAGGGGCGUUGUGUCAUCUGCGGAGGGCCUGGAGUAUCUGAUGCCUACUACUGUAAAGAGUGCACUAUCCAGGAGAAAGACCGAGAUGGCUGUCCGAAGAUUGUAAACUUGGGCAGCUCUAAAACAGAUCUGUUUUAUGAAAGGAAGAAGUACGGCUUCAAGAAGAGGUGAAGACUCUACGGCCCAGACCCCUUUUUUUUUUUUUUUUUGAAAGUGUUUCUGUUUUUUAUUUUUGGAACCUCAAGAAACAUUUUGUUUGACUUGUCAAUAAAGCUCUCUUUUAUA